AUGCAAAAACAAAAGCGAGAAAUCAACAUCAUUGAUAUGAUUCCAGCAAUUUAUUAUCAAUUUGCAAGAUUGGGGCUAUGUAAAGCUUUUAACUUAUUUCAUAAAUUCUCACGACGUGAAGUGACGCCGCAGUUUGAAGUUCAUUUAUCUCAAAUGCAAUUACGUUACGUCUCGAGGUGUCAAUUAGACUUCAAUAACUUUUUUUUUGUGCUCUUCCCGGGAAUGUUUUUCAACAGUUUGAGUUCACCAGGAAUACUAAUCAACUUCAAAAGAUAA